GGGGCUCGGUACGCGCAGGGCGGGCGGAGCAGCAUGGCGGAAGACGAGAGCGAUCAAGAGUCGGAGCGGCUCGGUGAGGAGCUGGAGGCCAUCGCGGGGCCGCGCCUCCUCGCCGGGGUCUCGCCCGCGCUCAGUAGCCAGUAUUACUGCCGCCGCUUCUGCCAGCGUACUACCAGAGCCCUCUUCUUAACGCCUUUUAUAAUGGUUGGUUUGCCUCCGACAUUCAUCUUGUUAGCUAUGCAGGAAGCUACUUCCAGAAAACUGCAGAUUGUUGAAGACUAUGCUGGAAGAUGGCAGGUUCCUUUGCCUCAGCUUCAGGUGCUUCAGACAGCUCUUUGUUGUUUCACGUCUGCCUGCGUAUCAUUCCCAGCUGAAUGUGAGCACGUACAAUACGUUUUGAGUAGCCUUGCUUUGAGUUUUUUUGAAUUGCUGCUGUUCUUUGGAAAAGAUGAAUUCUAUGAAGAUCCUUUAAAAGAUAUUCUAGGUUCAAUCCAGGAAUGCCAGAACCUCCUAAGCAGAUACGGCAAUGUGAACCUGGAAUUAGUGACUCGAAUUAUCAGAGAUGGAGGGCCAUGGGAAGAUCCAGUAUUACAAGCAGUUCUUAAAGCAAAGCCUGUAUCUCAGGAGUUAGUUAACAAAUAUUUAAGCUCUGAAAAUCCACUGUUCUUUGAACUACGUGCCAGAUACCUUAUUGCCUGCGAACGCAUCCCAGAGGCAAUGGCUCUUAUCAAAUCUUGCAUAAAUCAUCCAGAAAUCAGUAAAGAUUUGUAUUUCCAUCAAGCUUUUUUCACCUGUCUUUAUAUGUCUCCAGUAGAAGAUCAGCUAUUCCAGGAGCACUUAUUGAGGACUGAUUGCAAGAGUGGAAUUGAGAUCAUCUGCAACACUGAAAAAGAAGGGAAGACUACCUUAGCCUUACAGCUGUGUGAAUCGUUCCUGGUCCCACAGCUCCAAAAUGGGGACAUGUAUUGUAUCUGGGACCUGAUAUUUAUGUGGAGUAAACUGCAGCUUAAAUCUAACCCUUCAAAACAAGUAUUUGUUGAUCAGUGCUACCAACUUUUAAGGAUAGCUACGAAUGUCAGAGUAAUUUUCCCUUUCAUGAAAGUCAUUAAGGAUGAAGUUGGAGAAGAUGGUUUGCAGAUUUGUGUUGAAAUAUGUGGAUGUGCUCUGCAGUUGGACCUUCGUGAUGAUCCAAUCAUGAAAUGUCUCAUAUAUAAAACAAUUGCUCAUUUUUUGCCAAAUGACUUGGAGAUACUCAGAAUUUGUGCGCUGUCUAUCUUUUUUCUUGAGCGCACCUUAGAAUCGUAUUACACUGUUGAACAUCUAUAUAAAUGUGCAGAUGAAGAGUAUAAUGAGCACACUAGUUCUGUUCAGAACCGUGUACGUUUUGAAUUGCUUCCAAUUUUGAAAAAAGGUUUGUUUUUUGAUCCUGAGUUUUGGAAUUUUUUGAUGAUCAAGCAGAAUUGUUUAUCACUGUUGGGGGAUAAAGCAUCUGUUGGCUUAGGUGAAAGUACACUGGAAAAUUCUAUUGCUAAUACAGAGAAGCCAAUGGAACAUCAGGCUUUGAGUGAAGAAGUUGUCUCUUUAACAGAUCUAAGUAAUGGGGAGCUUGACCCUGAAGACCCCUCUGAAGCCCAAUCUAAAGGUCAUGCCAGAAAGAACCAUGCAGCUCUUGGGGUAUCUAAAAUAGAUCAUAAUGUACCAAGACACCGUUGUGCGUUAUGCAACAGGGAAUUUCUUGGUGGUCACAUUGUAAGGCAUGCACAGGCUCACCAGAAAAAGGGAAGUUUUUCAUGUGUAAUAUGCUGUAGGAAAUUCAGGCAAAGAGGAAUCAUGCUGAAGCACUUAAGGAAUCAUGUCAAGAAAAUACAAAGACAGCAUCUUGCUGCUACCCAUCAUGAUGAUCAGGAAACCCCUGCUUUAAGUGAAGUAAAUUGCUCUCAUGCAUCGGUCUCUUUUGAAAAUGGGAAUUCUAACUGUUCUAAAGAUAAUGAACCAGAGGCUGCAAUAGUUCCAAGUACUGAUACGGAAGUACAAAAUCAUGACCAGGAAUUGGAUGUGGCUGAAAAUCAUGUAAGCAAACAGGAUAAUGUUAUUGAAAAUGGCAGUUGUGACAACUGUUUAAAUAAUACUCUUGAACCUGUAACUACGGAGAGUUUGCCUGACGGUGGCGAUAGCCCGAGUCAAGAGUCUCCUAUACUUCACAAAGUAAAUGGAGCUCUGUGCUCUCAAAAGGAUCUGGAUGUUAUGGAUCAAGAAGGUAACUUCAAGUGCCCUGCCAACAGUUGCAUUAGAGUGUUUAAAAAGAUAAGAUUUCUCAAUAAACAUGCAAGAAAAGCUCACCCAACUGAUCUGAAGGUGCAACAGCAUAUAAUGAAGUGGAAUAAAGGAAAAUGUCGGUUCUGUCAGAGAAAGUUUGCAGAUUCUCAGCAUUUCAUAGACCACCUGAAGCGACACGUAUAUCCAAAUGUUUACUUCUGUUUACAUUUUAACUGUAAUCAGAGAUUUAAGCUGUCCACUGAGCUUGCAGAACAUACAAAAAGUCACAGUGUUUUUAAAGCUCAGUGCAAUUUUGCAGAGUGCUGUGAGCUUUUUGAAGAGCUUCCUUUGCUGUAUGAACAUGAGGCUCAGCAUUAUUUAAACAAAACAGAGUGUUCUGAAGUAAAUGAAAAAUAUUCGUCAGAUACGCUAUCAGAGUCACUUUGUGGUUUUCAAGAAAAAGAUGCAUCUAAUAGUGAAAAAGAAGCUGUAGAUUUACCGGUUCCAACUUGGAAGGCAAGGAAAGACUCUACAGAACCAAAGACGUAUAUCCAGAGUAUUGAGAAGAAAGCAUAUAAUGUAAUUCAGAAUGGGAGUGAAAAUUCAUCUGAUGUUACUGCUACAGUUUUUAGCUUGAUAGACCAAAAGAUGCCUAUAGUACAGCCAAAUUCUGAAAACUGUAAUGUUCGUGACCAACUGGUCAAUGGGCACAUGGAACUGGAGCAGACUUAUUCAGCUUCAUCAGAGGCAGCUUUGGACAGAGUGGCAGAUGAAACAAGGACAGAAAAUGGGUCUUUACCAGUUUUACAGAACUGCAAUGAUAUACCACAAAACAAUACUGCUGCAGUCUCUCAGUCACCUUCCAAACCAAAUCAGACAACUGAAAAUACUUCAUAUGGCUUAAUUGUGACAAAACCGUAUGUUAGACCGUUGCCUCCAAGUUACCUUGAUGAACGAUACAUUAGCAUGCCAAAACGUAGAAAAACUCUAACUGAUAAAAUAGAUGCCCAUUCUGAGCAAGAUAAAGCUUGUAGCAAAUCAGCAGAAAGAUUUAGAUGUGGGAACUGCCUGAUCACCUACUGUAACUCAGAAGCACUUGAGGCUCACCUUGCACAAAAGAAAUGUCAGACGCUCUUUGGAUUCGAUUCAGAUGAUGAAAGUGCCUGAUUAAAUGUUGCGGGAAGAUGUAUCAAUUGAGGAGUGGUGUGAGAAAACACUACAUGAAGAAGCAUCAGUUUGCUGUUUCCCAGAUGGCCUUAAUCAUAAAGCAGACUCAGAUUACUAAAGAAAAAUGUGAUCUUGAUAAAAGACAAAGCACAUUUUCUAGAUAGAACUCACAGAGGAAUAGUAGGAGCUGUGCAGGUUUUGAGUCCCGAAAGGUUGCUACAAAUUCCCCAAAGUACCAGUUAUCCAGAAAGCCCCAUGAAUUCCCAGUGUAUGAUCAAAGAACAGCAGCACAGUGUGUCUGGCAUGAGCACUUAAGAAAAAUAAAACACUCGGCUGAGCAGGCCAAGAAGAGAAGUGGUUGUUGCCUUAGAGAAAGAAACACUACUGUAACCUGUUCGCUGGAUUAAAAGGUUUUAAUAAGAGAAACCCUUCCUAUCCAUGCAUGUUCAAAGGGUGUCACUCCACAUUAUUAAAAAUUGAAUUUAAAGAGACAUUACAUUUAUUUUCAUGGUAUGGAUAAAAAUUUGAUAGAGGAAGUGGACAUUCUUUUUUCAAAGUUUGUGUCUUUAACGAAAACUCAUGGAGCUCAUUUAAUAAACUUGUGUUCAGAAUCCAAAAUGAAGAGUGUAGAGAGAUGUCUAAGAUGGACAGUGUGUUCCAAAAGCGAAAAAGUUAAAAUACAGAAUAUACAGUCUGAUAUUAGAUAUAUCAGCUGUACAAGACACAAUUCAGAUGCGCUUAAAAGCCCAUUUAAAGUAUAUGGCAAAACUACACAUACUGACUUUUUGGAAAUGUUAAAUAAAAAGUCCAUUACAGGCACUGUGAGAUUUAACACAAGUAGUAUGUGUACAGCAGCUGCUGGUACUAACCCAUACAGAUUGAGGCUAAAAAAUGUAUGCCCUGAGUGAAGAAAGAUGAAAUUGAGCUGGCGUAUAGCGCUAAAAUAAUAUCCAAAUAUAAAGGUCCUUCAAUUCUUAGUAUGACUAUGGACAAAAUUUAAUAGAGAUGCUUUUUUCUCAAAAAUGUGAGUUAAAUGAAGAUAGAACAACAGAGAACAAAGCAAAGAAUGCCAGUUAUUAGCAAAAAUAGAUCAGGAAGAAACUUCUAUACCCACUCAGCAUCCCUCUGAUACAGCACUGAGUUUUGAUUUACCAAGUAAUGCUCUGUCAUGUAAAGGAGGAAUGGGAAAAUGUUAACAGAUCAACCUUAAAACACAGUACUGCCAGCAGUAGCAGUCUCUCUGAAAAACGUGGUGGUCCUUAUCAGAAACCAAUGAAAGAGCUCAGCAAUUUAAAUCAAAGUGUUUAAGUACUUUGGCCAGCAAAAGGUUGCUGGUAAAAGUGACAUCCAGAAUGAGUCUGUAAGGAUGGAAAGUUUCAAUAUGUCACCUAACAGACCUAAAGACACACAAAACAAAAAGGUAUUUCUGAGUUUUACUCAUGAGGGUAUUCUCUGCCAAAAAAUUAAAAAUUCUGCACACAAUA